ACUGUUGUCCCAAGCCUACCCACUCAAACUCAAUCCAAAUACAUUCAAUUUCAAUCAUACAACAAUAAUAUACAAUUAAAUUAAUAAACAAACAAAACCAAAAUUAGGUUACGUAACUUCAAUUCAAUUCAAACCACAAUCACAACAAAAAAUCUCAUCCAAUCUCCGCCAUGGAUCAACGCUUCCUCCACCAUCAAGACCACCGUACAAGAUACGCUCCUCCGAUUCACCACCUUCCGCCACCACCUUCUCUUCCUCCUCCUCCUCCUCCUCAACCUCUUCCUUAUCGCUCUUCUCUUCCUCCUCCACCCCCUUUUCACCAAUCUCCUCAAUUCCAUUUUUACCCUCUCCAGCACCGCCGUAUCCCUCCUCAACCUGCUUGGAACCCUAACCCUAAUCCCGACGAUCGCUUCCACCGCGAUUCUCAUCACCACCACCAUCACCACCCUCCUCCCCCUCCUCCUCCUUCUUAUCCACCUCUCCGAUACGAAUCUGAAUCAAACCCUAUCCCUAGGGAAACCUUCGUUUACACGGACAACGCCAAUUACCACCACCAUCACCGUCAAUUAACCAACACCGCUUCCACAUCCAAUCACGCUUAUCCUGAACGCGACGAUGUUUCCACCAGAAUUGAUUCCAGAAUCGAUUCCACCAGAAUUGAUUCCAGAAUCGAUAACAGAAGGUGGUUGAAUGAAAGAAAAGUACACAGUUCUUCACCGUCUCAUUCACCUUUUGAAUCGGUGAAGGAUGAAUUAAGUGCUACUGUGAAACGUGAUUAUCGUGAUUCUGAAACGGGUAGGUAUAGUAAUGGUGGUAAUAGUGGUAGUAGAGGGAAUAGCAGAGAGUUUAAUCAUCAUAAUCAGGGUCGUGAGUUUAGUAGAACACCGCCGAAGAAACAGAUUCAAAAGAAGAGUGCUUUACUUAGGAUUCAGAAUGCAAAACCUAAUCAUAGGAACCGUGAUGCUUAUGUUAAUGAUUCUAACGGUAAUUUCUUUAGGGGUAAUGGUAAAGAUCAACAUGGAAGAGGGUACAUGAAAGGUGAAGAUAGGAAAAAAGGGAGUCCUGUUGAAGUUGAUGUUGAUAUUUCGUUUGAAUCGAAUGUUUUUGUUGCUAAGCAUAUUGUCACUGCGGCACCUUCAACUUCCGGUGUUGAUGCGGGUUCUGUUCCUGGUAAACUAUCUUCUGUUGUUCAAACUAUGAAUGAUAAUAAUAAUGAUACUUCACAGAAGAAUGUAGGUGAUGAUUGUAAUCCUAAUGAGAAAAAAGAGGGGUUAAUUUCUGUUGAAGCCAGUGGUACUCAUACUCGUAAAUUGGCAUCCAAGGUUGUGAAGAAGAAGAAAGCUGUUUCUGGUGGUGAAAAUUUAAAUGCUAAUAAGAAUACUUUGGGGAAGAAUGUAGGUGAUGGUUGUAAUUCGCAUGAGAAAAAUGAGGUGGGAGUUUCUGGUGAAGCUAGCGGUACUGGUACUCGUAAAUUGGCCUCUAAGGUUGUCAAGAAGAAGAAAAGUAUUAAGAGAGUGGUGAAGAAAGGUUCUGCAAAGCCUAAUAUUUCGGGCGUGUCGGCUCCACCUUCGGUUGCCAAUGCAGUUGGUGAAACUGUGGUAGCAGAUAGUGGGUCCAAUGCUGCCUCUGAAAAUGUCAAAACAGGAACUUGUUUGGAGGAGAAAAUCAAUGCUGCUGAUAAGGUGUCUGCGCCAGACGAUCAAGGGAAUGCAUUGGCUGAAGAUAAAAAGGAGGGGUUGUCCAUGCCGAGUUUGGGGCCAGAAUGCAGGUCACAGGAAUAUAAGAAUGACGAAGCUUCUGAUAUUGGGAAAGAAUCCAGGUUUGAAAGAGGUGGAAGUAUUUCAAAUACGCCAUCUUGUGUUUCUAGUAUUUUAGAUAGAAUUAGUGGUUCUGAUUGUUUAGAUGUGUGUAAUUCUGUUCCUGACUUGGUUAGUGUGACACAUAUUGACAAGGCUACUAAGUCAUUAAAUGGAAGUACUUCUGAAAUCAACCAAUUAGAUUGUGGUAACAAGCAAUUAUGUCAGAGUGAAGUAUCUCUAUCGCCUGGGAAACAUUUAGAUGUAGGAUGUUCAGGGAAUAGUAAUCUUGUAGAUGUAGGGAAUGAAAUGAAUAACAAUGUCAUUUCUGCAGAUAUUAUAAAUACAUAUAAUUCUGCUGAUGACGGUGUUUGCGUACUCAAUUCCAGUGAUCCUACAAGUUCAGGAAAGGAAACUACUAACAGUGGGAAUAAUGACAUUGAUGGAGAGGCUUAUUGUGAAAAGAUGGUUCAUGUGUUCAAUCGGGGUUCUACUUCGGAUGGAAAUUCAGAUACAGCCAUCCCCCUGCCAAGCAGUGGAAUGGUUGCUUUUUCGAGUUUAGGAGAUACUAGGAUUCAGGAUGGUCAAGAUUGCCUACAAAAUACGAGUGUACUGAUGCACGGUUCUGAUAUUGGAGCUUCUAGUUUGGAAGAGAGUAUCACUGUUCACCAAUUUGGUAUCAUGAAGGAUGCUGAAAAGCAGGUGUCCCCUGGUGAAGUCCCCAUAUCUGCUGAGAAUUGUGACAUAGAUAUAACAUUUCCAAAUUCUAAUAUUUCACUUGGAUUCGAUGUAAGGGAUACAAGUAAGAUAGAAAAGAAAGGUGUUAAGACCGGUUUAAAUGGUUUGACUUUGAAUUUGGAUGAGAUAUCUCUUCCUCCAGUUAGCCAUUCAAAUGAUGCUGAUAGAGGCUCAAGAAUUUUAUCGAAGGAUCCAUGUUAUUCAGAUGGCUUGGAUCAUUCUAUUCAAAGCCUGGAUUUUUACUCACUAUCCAACCAGGUUGGGGACACAGCUUUACAUGGGAAAAGAGGUUUUUCGGAGGCUGAAUUUUGUUUUGCAAAUAAUGACAGUGAUGAUGAAAAUAAGGUUUCACCAGUUCCUAAGAGGAAAAAAGUCACUGCUAGUCUCCCAAAUUUAACUGAAUUUCAAUCUGAAUUUAGUGAUUCAGUUGUGCCUGCCACAUCAAAUGCAGAAGUUCCUAUCUGUUUCAGUGAUAACCAAGAACAUAAGAAAGACGACGUUGCAUCGUCAAGCAUGGGUAUGAGUAUUAAGUCUAAUGCUCAGUCGAUACCUUAUUCAGGUGAUACUGCUAAACGGUCUACGGAUGCAAAUAGGGAAACCAAGAGUUCUGAGCAUUUGGAAUUGGAGCACUCGGAUAUGGUCUUUACACAAUGUGAGGACUUGGCCAUUCCAAAUGUUCAGUUUUCAGUGUUUGGUUGUGAGCGGAAUGACAAUGCUACUCCAAUUGAGCAUAUAAGUAAUAUCACGGGAGAAAAGAUAGAUUCACAGGCUGCUGAAACCAAUUACCAUUAUAGAGAUGUUGUACAAAGGUCUCCAAGGGCUGAUAUGCUAUCUAAUGAUCUUGAUAAGAAGGGUCACUCACUUGCUCAGGAGAACCUUGUGUCUUGCCCUGCCGAUGGUAAUGGAGUCACUAUCAGUAAUUCAAAUAAUGAAUUGAUUGAGGAUUUGCCUUACGCUUUAUCGGAUAUGUAUUCUCAAGGGAUGACAUCUGACUUGCCAGAUAGAAUGAUUACUGAGUUUACAGCAACCGAUGAUGAUGAAAACAUUUGCGGGGAUGAAGAAAAUCCAAAUAGCGUAUCUAUGGUCAAACAUGGUUCUGACUCAGAUGCUUUUACUUCAUCAAAACAGCAUACUGAAAAAAAUAGGAAGUCAGAUCAUGCAAUUGGAUGUAGUGACCCAGUACCAAGGAAUAUAACGCCAGAACCAGCCCAAGCUCAUUCCAAAGUUACACCUCUGGGUCUAAAUUCAUCUUGUUCUGAAUUAAAUGGAAGCAAAAAUUCGCCAGGCGGUGUCAUCCCUAAAGCUUUCAAGGGUUAUUCUUUUCCCUUUCCAAAGUCAAAGACAAAGACUCCUGCCUCUUCAAUCAAUGCCUUAAAAUCUCGAACUUGGCAUCGGACAGAUAAUAGUAAUUCUCCAGCUUCUCUACCCAGAGUCAAACUUUCAGCAGGAAUAGUUCCUCCUAAAAGGCCAAUUCUCGAAAAGAAGAACUUUCCAAAUACUUCUUACAUUCGUAAAGGUAACAGUCUUGUUAGGAAUCCUACUCCAGUUGCUGCCAUACCUCAAAUCUCCUCUUCAAGUUUCGUAAGGAGACCUACUCCAGUUUCUGCUAUACCUCAAAUCUCUAACAACCCACCAUCUUUGGGCUUAGGUGAAACACCUAAGGGCACCAAACCUGAAAAUAGAGCUGUUUUGAUAGAUCAGCCAAUCUAUUCCAAAACAUACGUGUCAAAUACUCUUCUGCAGAGAACAUCUCCUCUACAUAUUGACACCAAAUCAGAGGAAAAUAUAUCUUCCCCGUUGCUAGAACCUCCUUCCAGUGGCUUCUGUGAAAAUGCAUCUGAUCUUGGGAAGUUUAUUGAAACUAAUGAUGCACCAGCCUGCUCUGAAGAUGUACUAAAACAAUAUGAAACUCCUGAAAAUCAAACUGCGCCAUCUAGCAAUGGGGAGUGUGAAGAUGAAGCAAAUGUUGGAUAUAAUUCUUCUUUGAACUCAAAAAGAAUAGUUUAUAUAAAGCCUAAAACAAAUCAAUUGGUUGCAACUUCGACUUCUUCUGAUAUUAUUGUCUCUACUGAUGACAAAGGCCAAACGGCCAUCCCUGAUAGCUAUUACAAGAAGAGAAAAAAUCAAUUGGUUAGGACUACAUUUGAUAACCAUGUCAACCAGACAGUUGCAACUCCCAAUAACGUUGUGAAUUCUGACGGCCAAGGGGAUAGUAAAGUACUUCGCAAUAGGAGGUUUUCCAAGAGGCGGUCCCAUAAAGUAGCUGGUAUUUCGAGCAAGUCUUCAAGAGCCUCAUUAGUGUGGACACUUGGUAGCAAAAAUUCUUCUGGAAAUGACAGGGACUCUAGGCAUUAUCAGAAGGUUUUACCACUCUUGUCUCCAUGGAAAAGAACAACAUAUUUAAGAAGCUUCAUUCAUAAUUCUGCUUCAAGCUUCAAUAGUUGUUCCUUAUCUGCAGUCGGCAAGAAAUUGCUUCUGUUGAGAAAGAGGGAUACUGUAUACACCAGGUCGACCCGUGGGUUUUCUCUUUGGAAAUCCAAAGUUUUAGGCAUUGGUGGGUCCAGUUUAAAGUGGUCAAAAUCUAUCGAGAAGCACUCAAAGAAAGCUAAUGAGGAAGCCACACUUGCUGUUGCUGCAGUUGAGAAGAAGAAGAGAGAGAAGAAAGACCCAGCUUGUGUUGGUCCUCAAACAAAGAGAGAACGUAUAUUUCGGGUUGGUUCAGUUCGAUACAGAAUGGAUCCUUCCAGGCGGACACUUCAGAGGAUUUCAGAUGAUGAAUCCCUGUCCUCUGCCUCAAUCGGUACAAGUUUGGUUUCCAAAAGAGGUUACAUUCCAAGGAGAUUAGUGAUAGGAAAUGAUGAAUAUGUUCGAAUUGGCAACGGAAACCAACUUAUCAGAGACCCAAAGAAACGAACUCGGAAAUUGGCAAUUGAAAAAGUUAGAUGGAGCUUGCACACUGCCAGACAGCGGUUGGCUCGUAAGCAGAAGUACUGUCAGUUUUUCACAAGAUUUGGGAAAUGUAACAAGGAUGGAGGGAAGUGUCCUUACAUUCAUGAUCCCUCAAAAAUUGCUGUCUGUACUAAGUUCCUGAAUGGUUUAUGUUCAUCUCCAAACUGCAAAUUGACUCAUAAGGUUAUUCCGGAGAGAAUGCCUGAUUGUUCAUACUUUUUGCAAGGCUUAUGCUCAAACGAAAACUGUCCAUAUAGACAUGUCAAUGUGAACCCUAAGGCAUCUAUUUGUGAAGGGUUUCUUAAGGGAUAUUGUGCUGAUGGGAAUGAGUGUCGGAAGAAGCACAGCUACGUCUGUCCAAGUUUUGAAGCAACAGGAACCUGUACUCAAGGAAGCAAAUGCAAGCUUCACCACCCAAAAAAACAAAGCAGGGGAAAGAAAAGAAAAAGAUCAGGAGAUCAGAACAAUGGUAGAGGGCGUUACUUUGGUUCUAUUCCCGUUGAAAUUUCUGAACCUAGGAUGAUGGUCGCUCCAAGACAUCCUCAACAGAGUGAGGAACAUGAAGAUGAACUAACCGACUACAUCAGUCUUGAUGUGUAUGAAGAAGCGGAAGACAGAGUUGACCAAUCAUUUGAGGCAUCAACAUUUUGUGACAAUGAUACUGUGGAUCUUCAGUUGGAUACUUCUGAUGAACUCAUUAAACCUGUUUCUAUAAUAGCAAAGUUUGCUUUGCAAUCUCAGUCCAGAAGCCUGCAAACUUAGGCAAGUGGAAGAGACUAAAGGCAGUUUUAAAAUUGGUAAUUAAGGUAAUACAUAGUUUUCCCCCAUUUUUCUGAAAAUUUUGAGCUCAUUGAUUUUUAGUUUCCUGUCAUUGUACACAACAUAGGUCAUAUUCCCCCACCCCUUUGAUUUUUAUGUAAUUUACUUAUACCAUUGUACACAAACAUAUGACAACAAAUAAAGAGAAAAAUUACCUGCUCUAACUCGGGCAGGUUUUUUGAGAA